UACUCAGAGUCGAGUUUUGGAACCCUGAAGGUGAUUGAAAACUUGAAUGCUGAACGCGACCAUUAUCGGGUAUUAUUGAAAUAAUCGGAGAGAUAUAGCGAAUUCAUGAUAAGGUGCGCAUAAAAGAAAAUGGCAUUGUUCCGGGCAUUGCCUGCCGGAAUCGGCGCGACGUCCAAGAUUAUUUCAAAGAGCGUUCCGGCCGUGUUUUAUCACGCAAACGUAAUAGAUCACUAUGAAAAUCCUAGAAAUGUUGGUUCCUUGGAUAAAAAUGAUGAUCAUGUUGGGACAGGUCUUGUAGGAGCACCAGCUUGUGGUGAUGUGAUGAAACUUCAGAUUAAAGUCGAUGAAGAUGGUAAGAUAAUUGAUGCAAAAUUCAAGACUUUUGGUUGUGGUUCCGCUAUUGCUUCAAGUUCUUUAGCAACGGAAUGGGUUAAAGGAAAAACGGUGGACGAAGCAUUGGCAUUAAAAAAUACUGACAUUGCAAAAGAGCUUUGCCUUCCGCCCGUCAAGCUACACUGUUCGAUGCUUGCCGAGGAUGCAAUUAAGGCUGCUCUGUCAGAUUACCGCAUCAAACAACAGUCAAAGAUUGAAGAGACGAAGUAAUGAAAUUCGAAUCCAUAUAAUAGUUGCUUUCCAUUUAUACAGAAAUGAAACUGAAUUUGAAGUGAGCUAUUUCAUACUCAGAUUAAUGAUGUCAUUAUUUGUUUACUUUGGUUAAAAAGUUAUCACAUGAUAAUACUGGUUCAUAACUUUACAUUUAAAAUGAAUUUAUGAGACUCGCUAAAGCACACGGUCUCUUAUGUAGAUUAUAUGCAAAAACUCAGUUAAAUCUCACUUGCAAAAUGCAAAAGGAACGCGAAUUCAAUUGAGUUAUGAUAUCACAAGUAAGAAUUGUCAGAGAAUCAAUGUAAAUGGAAAGCAACUAAUAUAUAUGUUUAUAUCGAAAUAUAUGUAUAACUCGUAAAACUCGUGCUUUAUGAAUAAGCGCGUAUUUUUUAGUCUUUCUCCGUAAUGAUGAAUAGAAAAAUAUAAUAUUGUGAUAACAGCAUUAGCCAACAACGAUCUACUUGAAAAUAUAAUAUAUAUGUAUAUAAAGAA